AAAAAUCGACUCGCACAGCACUGUUCCAGUAUCCGCUUCUGAAAAGGCUGAAGUGAGAGCAGUGAGGAGUGGACUUCGCCGGCGGGAAACGAGGUUUCCGGCGUGGUAGGUCCGCGUUAAAGGCUUGAUCUCGUAAUCUUAGUAUCUUGAUCCCUGAGUAAAGAAAUUCGUUUGCUUAGAAAGGGUUUCGAUCAUGGAAGGUUUUUCUUGGCAUUUGAAUCGAUCGGAGCAUCUGGUUGCGGGGCACUAGCUCUUUAAUCUUACGCUGCGGCGAAGCUAAUUUGUUGCUGCUUCUGAGUUACAUUGUAUAAUGGAUGCCGCCGACGGAGUUGAAAUGGAGCUCUCCAACGGGGAUUUUGAGAAAGCUCCGAUUGCUAUUAUGGUCGGAUCCUAUGGAAAUAAAGAUAAUAAAAUCACCAAAAAUGGCACAGAUGAGUUGGAAGAGAAUGGGGCUGACGCCAAACAACCAAACGAAACUUUGGAAGUUCAAUUACAAGCUAGAGGCGCUAAUGGUUCUGAAUUGGUGGUUGAAGUCUCUUCUGCUAUGUCUGAAAAUAAAGUUUCAAUUCUUUCAACGAAAGCUGGAACUGAUCAAGAUGAUAAUUUGGAAAAAAGGAAGGCCCAAAAACUUAGCAAGGAUGGAGCAGGUAGGAAUGAUGCGGCAGUUAAUUACAAGAACCCAAAGGCCGGCCUUUCACAGAGCCUUUCUUUUCCGGCUAAGAGCUUUUCUGCAUUUGACCCAAGGAAGAGUACAACAGCUGUGAAGCAGACAAAUGUAGAUCUGAAUAAUCUCAGUGCAAAUAAUUCAGAAAUUGCUUCUAGUGGUGGACCAACUGCUAGUAAGUUGAGUUUUAAAUCUGCAGGAAGUGCGCAACAAUCAUUGCCUGUUGAUGCUGGUUCAGUGGAUGACUAUACUUCUUCUGCAGCCCAUCAUACUUCUCACACGGAAGUUCAGCGAAGGAGUGCUUCAGGAUUUUCUUUCAGGUUGGAUGAGCGUGCAGAGAAAAGGAAGGAGUUUUUCAUGAAGCUGGAAGAGAAGACCCAUGCAAAAGAAUUGGAAAAGAACAACAUGCAGGCAAAGUCUAUGGAGACCCAAGAGGCCGAAAUCAGGCAGUUGAGGAAAAGUUUGACCUUUAAGGCUACACCGAUGCCGAGUUUUUAUCAAGAACCUAUUCCUCCAAAAGUUGAAUUGAAGAAGAUCCCUCCAACAAGAGCCCGAUCCCCGAAGCUUGGAAGACACAAGUCCUCCACCGCAGCUAACAACUCACAAGUUGAUCACUCAAUUCAAAGUUCAGAGACCCAGCCCAGCUUAGUCAAGCAAAACGGGGAAGCUGAAACUGAUACCGCACUUUCCAAAAUAAGUACUUCCCACAAAUCACAUUCAAAACUACCAUCCAUAAAAUCUGCACUGACUAAACCUGAAGCAAAACUUGCCGGUUCAAAGACCAGAGCUUCAAACCUGAAGCAAAGGAUUGAUAAAGCAAAGGUGAAAGAAAAUGAACAGAGUGGUGAUUCUUCCCAAGACGUUUCAGAAAGCCUAUCUGAGGUUCUCACUGCAUCAGAACCUCUGGCUACUAAUCCUGGUGAAGUUCCUAUCGAAGCUUUACAAAUUUGAAUCGAGAGUCAUUUUUCUUAGUACUAGUUUGUGCAGAUUUGUGAAUAGCUGCAAUAUAUUAUAUUACCAAUUAAGAAUUGUAUAAUUGCUUGUAUUGCCACAUGGAUUUCAUUGUCCUUUCUACUGGUAGAGAGUCAUCGUCUUCCUGUUUUUUUCUGGACGUGUUGAGUAUCCAUGUAUUGUAUAUUAUUUGAUUUGUCUGUUAUAUAUACUUCUGUGCUGACUGCCUAUUUUUGUUGC